UCAGAGAUCGAACUAAAUCGAUUCGGUCGUAUAUCUGCAUAACAAGGCAGGGCCCAACCCAAAGUACGGUGUAUCGUGCUCUAGCGUGAACCUGUCUGCGAAAAGAGGUCGGCCUAUUUCAGCCUGCUCGCUGCUUGCGCUCACACGAAACAACGACAGUCGACUGACGUCCGCCGUCGAGAGCGGUUCUGUUGGAAGCGCUUCUUUCCCUCUCGCCGCACUUCUUAUCGCCGCAGGGAACAUCCCUCGCCGAAUGCAAUAUUAAUCCUCAAACUGGGCUGCUCGCAGAGUGAUCAGUUCGUCGUUAGGCCUGACGCUCGCGCGGAGGCAAUGCCACAGUCUCAGGCUUUUCCACCGUCUCUCUCUCCGCAGUGCAUAGCCCUGCUCAAGGAAUCGAUUCUGCUGAUCGAAGAACCCGUACAGGAGCAACAGGCCCACACAUUCGUCGUCUUCGGUGCUUCUGGCGACCUCGCAAAGAAGAAAAUUUACCCAACGUUAUGGGCACUCUACAGAGAUGGGCUCCUGCCACCACACACAAGGUUCGUUGGAUAUGCCCGAACAAAGAUGGCAUUCGAUGAUCUGAAGUCACGAAUUGAUCCGUACCUCAAGGUGAAGGAGGAAGAAAAGGAACAGUUCACGAAGUUCCUGGAAGUGAAUAGUUAUCUGUCUGGAAAUUACGACGUGCCAGAGGAUUUCGAAACCCUCAAUAAGGAGAUUAAAAAAUACGAAGGAAGUGCCUCUGGAAAUCGUAUGUUCUACCUGGCACUUCCUCCAAAUGUCUUCGAAGUUGUGUCAACCAACAUCAAGCGUUGUUGCAUGAGCACAAGUGGCUGGACACGUGUGAUUAUUGAGAAGCCCUUUGGCCAUGAUUCAGAUUCAUCAGCACAGCUCUCAAACCACUUGGCUUCUCUGUUUACGGAAUCUCAGAUAUAUCGUAUUGAUCACUACCUUGGCAAAGAAAUGGUUCAGAACCUCAUGACUCUCAGGUUUGGGAACCAGAUCUUUGGGCCAACAUGGAACAGAGACAACAUAGCAGCGGUUGUGAUAUCCUUCAAAGAGCCAUUUGGAACGCAGGGGCGAGGAGGGUACUUCGACAAUUUUGGCAUCAUCAGAGACGUAAUGCAAAAUCACCUCCUGCAAAUCUUGUCACUUGUGGCGAUGGAAAAGCCAGUUUCCACUAAUGCCGAAGAUAUCAGAAACGAAAAGGUGAAGGUGCUCAAAUGUGUUUCCCCCAUCACAAUGGACGACGUGGUUCUUGGGCAAUAUGUUGGCAACCCUGAAGGCAAAGGCGAUGAACGUCUGGGGUACCUGGACGAUCCCACUGUUCCCUCAGGAUCUACGACUGCGACUUACGCCACAGCUGUUGCCUAUAUUCAUAAUGAACGGUGGGAUGGUGUCCCCUUCAUCCUGCGCUGCGGAAAAGCCUUGAAUGAACGAAAGGCUGAGGUGCGCAUCCAGUACAAAGAAGUUCCCGGCGAUAUCUUUAAUGGGCAGUGUAAGAGGAAUGAGUUGGUGAUGCGGGUACAGCCAGGCGAGGCCAUCUACAUUAAGCUCAUGACCAAGAAACCCGGGAUGUCCUUCGAUGCAGAAGAAACCGAGCUGGACCUCACUUAUGGAAGCCGUUACAAGGGUUUGAUUAUGCCUGAUGCAUAUGAGCGUCUGAUUAUGGACGUGUUCUAUGGAACCCAGAUCCAUUUUGUGCGCAGCGAUGAACUUGCGGAAGCUUGGCGUAUAUUUACCCCUCUCCUUCACCAAGUGGAUCAGGAGAAACCGAAACCAGUGCCUUACGUCUAUGGAAGUCGUGGAUUCAAGGAAGCAGACGAUCUUUGGAAGAAAGUUGGAUUCAAAUUCUACGGCACAUACAAGUGGACCAGUGCGACGUAGCGGUGUCCCUGUUGGAAUAUUGUAUUAAAAAUGCCGGUUGUUAAUAUUUACUGUAUACAUCACAAAUUGUUCUGUUCCUAUGUUGUGUACUCCUGGUGGGUCUCAGUGUGAGAUACUGAUUUUAUUAAAACCUGUCGUAAUUGUUAAA